AAAAGGAGCGAGCGCUUUUCUUUAGUCUGGAGUAACGGCUAUUUUACCUUGAUUAUUUGGUGCUGUGCGACGAGUCCUGUCAGUUAUUGAUAUAAUUUUAAAAUCAUGAAGACAUUUUUGCCUUUAAUUGCAAUAGUAUUUGCUACGACACAGGCUUUACCUUUUACCGAAUUGACUCAUCAAGAAUGGGCAUCAUUUAAGAUGGAACAUAAUAAAACAUAUAAAAAUGAUAUUGAGGAGAGAUUCAGAAUGAAGAUAUUUAUGGACAAUAAAUAUAAAAUAGAUAAACAUAAUGAGGAUUACGAAAUGAAAAAAGUUUCGUAUAAAUUAAAGAUGAAUAAGUAUGGUGACUUGCUACAACAUGAGUUCGUGAAUACAUUAAACGGUUUUAAUAAAUCCAUAAGUACUCAAUUAAGAUCUGAAAGACCUCUGAUUUGUCUUGUAUUUUCUCCAUCAAAAAAUGUAUUACCAACCAAAAUGGAUUGGAGAGAACACGGCGCUGUAACUCCCGUUAAAGAUCAAAAACAAUGUGGAUCAUGUUGGGCAUUCUCUGCAACUGGCGCUUUAGAGGGACAACAUUUUCUACGAACGGGAGUUCUAGUUUCUUUAAGUGAACAAAAUUUAAUUGAUUGCUCUGGAAAAAACGGUAAUCAUGGAUGCAAUGGAGGAGCAACGGCUGUAGCUUUCCAAUAUAUUCAAGACAAUGGAGGUUUAGAUAAGGAAGCUAAUUAUCCAUAUGAAGCUAAAAAUGAUAAUUGCAGGUAUGAUGCGGUAAAUAAAGGUGCCAGUGAUAAUGGCUUUGUGUGCAUUCCAGUAGGGGAUGAGCAAAAGCUUAAAGCAGCAGUUGCUACUAAGGGGCCAGUUUCUGUUGCUAUUGAUGCUUCUCAUCAGUCUUUCCAAUUUUAUUCUGAAGGAAUCUAUUAUGAACCAAAGUGCUCUUCACAAAAUUUGGACCAUGGAGUAUUAGUAGUGGGAUAUGGAACUGAUGAAAAUGGUCAGGAUUAUUGGCUAGUAAAGAAUAGUUGGAGUGAGGCAUGGGGUAACAAUGGGUAUAUUAAAAUGGCUAGAAAUAAACAGAACCAUUGUGGUAUCGCUACCGAUGCUGUCUAUCCUCUUGUUGGAUCCAAAGGAUAAUUUAUUAAAAUUUUUAUAAAUAUUUUGAGAAUGCAAAUAAAA